AUGGUGGCUCCGGCCUCUACGGGAGGGAAUUCGAAUGGCGGACAGCCUUCUGCUACGAGCUGUCCGCCCACUCGAUCUUCCAGCACUCAUCCUUCGCAUGCUCAUAACGUUCCGUUAAGCGUUCGACGAUCCUCUCCUCUCGAUUUGUCCACAGUAGAGCGUCGAAGCCAACCGACAAACCCCCGUGAACCCGUGAAACGUUCCCGCCCCCAUGGUUUGCAAGAGGCCCCGACCUACUAUCCCACCGAGGAGGAUUUCAAGGAUCCCGUUUCAUAUAUUCGCAAAAUCGCACCGGAAGGCAAGAAAUUUGGUAUCUGUAGGGUUGUUCCGCCGGAGAAUUGGCAGCCUUCGUUUGCGAUUGACACCGAGCGCUUUCACUUCAAAACUCGCCGACAGGAGCUUAAUUCGGUAGAAGGAGGAACCCGUGCGAAUUUGAACUACCUCGACCAGUUGGCGAAAUUCCACAAACAACAUGGCACCAACCUCAACCGUUUCCCGAGUGUCGAUAAGCGCCCUCUCGAUUUAUACAAACUGAAAAAAGCAGUCGAGAUUCGCGGCGGUUUCGAUGCCGUUUGCAAGACGAAAAAAUGGGCAGAGAUCGGUCGCGACCUGGGCUACAGCGGCAAGAUCAUGUCCUCCCUCUCCACGUCGCUUAAGAACUCGUACCAGAGGUGGCUACAGCCUUACGAAGAAUAUCUCCGUGUCGCGAAACCCGGGGUACAGCAACAAUUGGAGAUGGAGCACGGUGGUCCCUUUACCCCAUCUCCUCAUCAGUCGCCGUUGAACAAAAAGACUUUGCCAAUUGACAGUCUUCCUCCGCCGCACCAGGGAACCCCCGUACCAACCGCGUCCGUGCAAAACACUCCCAAGCCAGUCGAAGCAACUCCUGAUAAGCCGACCCCGCCAGCGGAGCCCACGCCUCGUCCCAUCGCCUCAGGCUUUACCGCGGUAAAUGCUUCGGGUGGAUUUACUGCGGUAAACCAGUCUCCUUCGUUUGCUGCCGUGAACAACGGCCCUCCCGUUAAGCGGGAACCUGAAAAUGGAUCCGCCAUUCCCCCAGGUGUUGCUGACCGUACCCAGAGUUCUACUCCUAUUUCGAAUGGGCAUGUGGAUAAUGGUGUGAAGCGUGGUGUAAGCCAUGACAGUGCUUCACAGACCGAGAAUGGAGAUGAUGGCGGGAGCGGCCGGCGAAGCAAGCGUCUCAAGAAGGGUGAUGCGCUACCGACUGUUGCUGGUUCCCAUAUGAGUCUCUUCCGCCCAACUCCCCCUCGUGCACGCAAGAGCGGCAAUGGCAACAAAAACGCAGGAGAGAAAUGCGAGACCUGCGGCAAAGCAGAUGACAGUUCCUCCAUUCUCGUGUGCGAUAGUUGUGAGCUUGGCUAUCAUGGCUAUUGUCUUGACCCUCAGGUUACUACUCCUCCUGAAUACGAUUGGCACUGUCCAAAGUGCCUGGUUGGCACGGGAGAAUUCGGUUUUGAGGAGGGCGGUGUCUACUCAUUGAAGCAGUUCCAGGAGAAGGCAAAUGACUUCAAGAAGAAUUACUUCGCUUCCAAGAUGCCGUUUGAUCCUGUUCUCAACACCCAUAGACGAGAAACCGAGGAUGAUGUCGAAUGCGAGUUCUGGAGAUUAGUGGAAAGUCUGACAGAGACUGUCGAGGUCGAGUAUGGAGCUGAUAUUCACUCUACUACUCAUGGCAGUGGAUUCCCUACCAUCGAAAGGAACCCCCUCGAUCCAUAUUCGGUCGAUCCUUGGAACUUGAACGUUCUUCCUUUCCAUGGUGACUCCCUGUUCCGCCAUAUCAAGACCGAUAUCUCUGGUAUGACCGUCCCCUGGGUCUAUGUUGGCAUGUGUUUCUCAACAUUUUGCUGGCAUAAUGAAGAUCACUAUGCCUACUCGGCCAAUUACCAGCAUGUUGGUGCUACAAAGACUUGGUAUGGAAUACCCGGAGCUGAGGCGGCCGCCUUCGAAGAGGCUAUGCGCCAGGCUGUUCCAGAGUUAUUCGAAGGCCAGCCGGACCUUCUCUUUCAAUUGGUCACCCUUAUGCCACCGGAUCAACUCAGGAAGGCGGGUGUCAACGUCUACGCGGUUGACCAGCGUGCCGGUCAAUUCGUCUUGACCUUCCCGCAAGCGUACCAUGCUGGGUUCAACCAUGGGUUUAAUGUCAACGAAGCCGUCAACUUUGCCCCCAUAGAUUGGGAGCCUUGGGGCGCAAUGGGUGUCGAGCGUCUCCAGGCGUUCCGGAGACACCCCUGUUUCUCGCACGACGAACUCUUAAUGACAGCGGCCGAUCGAGAUAACACCAUCGAGACAGCCAAGUGGUUGGCCCCGGCCCUUGCACGAGCCUACUCCAGAGAAGUUCGGGAACGCGCGGGGUUCCUUGCUUGGCACCGGGAAAUCGUACCCCACAACUGCGCGCUUGGUACCUCCUCUACCGGAGACUGCCAGCUCAGAUUUGUCACGGAGGAAGAAGACUUGGCUGAGGAAGACUACCAAUGCCAUCACUGUAAAGCCUAUUGUUACUUGACACAAUUCAGGUGCCACACAACGGGCAAGACUGUCUGCUUACAACAUGUGGAAAUCGUUGAUUGCUGUGGGCAACCUUUGUCACAAAGACUGCUGGGCCCCGGUCACACUUUACGCUACCGGAUCGGGGACGAGGAUCUCAGAGCCCUUUUGCUAAAGAUCGAGGAGCGCGCCAGGAUUCCGGAGGCGUGGGGAGAGAAGCUCGACAAAUACCUGGAGGAUGAGCCAAAACCCCAACUGAAGGUCCUCCAUAACCUCGUGAACGAAGGUGAGAAAAUCCCAUACCAUUUGUCUGGUCUCCAAGAUCUUGCGGCCUUUGUCCAGCGCUGCGAUAAGUGGGUUGAAGAAGCAAACAACUUCAUUACCCGGAAGCAACAAAACCGGAGGAAAAACGAAAAAGCUUGGCGCAAGGGGACUUCUAAAGCCGCGCAGCUGGAAGAACGGGAUCGUGAAGUUCGCAGAGUAGAAACCAUCUACUCCCUUCUUGCAGAGGCUGAUAAACUUUCCUUCGACUGUCCACAGAUGGCGGCCCUGGAAGAGAAGACCCGCGAAAUCGAGAAAUUCCGCCAGGACGUUAACGCUACCCUCAUGAACCCCCACAUCCGAUCGGCCCAGGAAGUUGAGGGUUUGGUGGAAGCUGGUCGCAAUUUCAACGUGGAAAUCCCCGAGGUAGAGGGUCUGGAACUUAUCCUACGACAAAUGAAAUGGAAUGAUGAAGCACGCGGCAAGCGUGACCAAUAUAUGACCCUAAAGGAAUGCCAGGAGCUUGUCCUGGCUGGUGAGCAAUUGGGCAUCAUGGACAGCAACAACGAACAUCUGCUUUUCUUCAAGGACCUUUCUCGCCAUGGUGAAGCCUGGGAAGCAAAAGCCAAGGAGCUCAUGUCAGUUGAGGCCGUUCACUACCAGCAAUUGGAAGCCCUGUCCGCACAGGCAUCGCGCUUCCCUGUUACUCCGGAGACUCUGGCUGCUGUCGAUGCGAUCCUGACCAGACAACGGGACGCUCAAAAACGAAUCCAAAGUCUUUACGACAAAAGCAGGGAUCCAGACUUCCGAAACCGUCCCACGUACAAGGAAGUUCGGGAACUUAUGGAGUCACUGGAAGAAUUAAACAGCCGUCCAACGGGCGCCAUUGAUCUCGAGCGCGAGCAAAAACGGCAUGAGGACUGGAUGCGAAAGGGCAAAAAGUUAUUCGGGAAGGCCAAUGCCCCUCUGCAUAUUCUCAGGGCGCACAUGGAAUAUGUCGAAAAGAGGAAUUCGUACUGUUUUGAUCUGGAAGACCGGUAUCGACCGCCCGUGGAGCCUGCCUCGCGAGAUAAUACCCCUGAUAAUAUUUUGGAGCACAACAAUGGCAUUUCGUGGGGUGGAGGCAAAUCACGAAAGCGAGAUGUUUUCUGCAUUUGCAGGCAUUCGGAAGCAGGGAUGAUGAUUGAAUGUGAAGUCUGUCACGAAUGGUACCACGGCAAAUGUCUGAAGAUCGCACGGGGAAAGGUCAAAGAAUUUGACAAGUAUACCUGUCCUAUAUGUGACUGGCGCCAGAAGAUCCCUAGGGAUGCUGCCCGGCCGAAACUCGAAGACCUUCAGGACUGGCAUGCUGAACUUCGUGACCUGCCCUUUCAACCAGAAGAGGAACAAAUUCUGGAAAACAUCCUCAACCAAGCGAUUUCCUUCCGUGAUUUCAUCCAGUCUUUCACCAUGGCGGCCUGCACCACGACUGAAGAGGUCCCUACAUUGAUAUUCUAUUUGCGCAAAAUCGAAGGUGCAGAGGUGCUUCUUGCGUAUGAAACGAACUUCUUCCGGCAAGAGAUCCACAAAUGGGCACCAGUUGCACCGGAACCACCGCCAAUCCUGGAACAGUCGCUUUCGACUCGAAAGCCUCGCCCAACGAAGCAACAAAAGAUCAUGGCGCAGCUAGGCAUUCAACGCCCGGAGGAUCUUCCACCUCACCUGCGACCAAAGCAACCCCCCACUGUAAAGCGCAGGUCAGUCGAGUUGCAGCCUGGCCGCCCUGUGUCCCUUAUACCACCAUCGGCCCAGACUCCCGGUCCGCAGACCACAUCGGCAGGGGGACCAACAUUGACGCCCAUGUCCGAUGCACAAAAUCAGCCAUACCCCUUCUCUGCAAGCUAUUCUCUUCCUCCAAGCGACUCGACGCCAGCGUUUACAUCGGGUUCAGCCUUCUUGUCCCAUGCUGCUGGCCAAUCUCCAUCUUUCCCUCCCCGCUCCCCAUCGCCACAUCACCACGGGCUAGAUAAUCCCCUUUUCAGUUCCCCUCGUUUCAACCGGGAUCAUGCAGAGGGGCCGCCGGGUGUUGAUGUUGAAAACAACAACCCAUUUGGCAGUAGUCCUCGCCAAGAUCUGGAUGAAGUGUUUGCGGAUUUGACAAAUCAGGAUGUGGACCACGAGCCUGAACAUGGCCCCGAACAAGAGCCUGAGCCGGAUGCUAUGGAGAAUAUGCAUGCGAACGAGGCACUUGAUGUGCUAGAUGCGAGUAAUGGGGAUUCUGCGAAACCUAUGCAAGUCGAGGAGCAGCCUCCAGGUGACGGGGCUAAUGGUGCAGAGGAGCUUCAAUCUACAGCAGCAAGUCAACUAGCAGCAGAAAGCCAACCAGAAGGCGAUACCAGCGCAGAAAGUUAG